AUGGCCUCACAAUCCCCCCUCUACAUCGGGUUUGACCUGUCCACCCAGCAGCUCAAGGGUCUGGCGGUCAAUUCCGACCUGAAAGUGGAAUACAUUGCCAAGUUUGACUUUGACGCCGACUCCACUGGCUUCUCCAUCAAAAAGGGCGUCAUGACCAACGAAGCCGAGCAUGAGGUGUUCGCACCCGUCGCGCUGUGGUUGCAGGCCAUGGACACCGUGCUGGAGAGUCUGCGCAAGCAAGGACUGGAUUUUAGCCGCAUCAAGGGUAUCAGUGGAGCUGGACAGCAGCAUGGUAGUGUCUACUGGAGCACGGAUGCGGAGCAAUUGCUACAGCACCUGGAUGCGAAGAAGAGCCUCGAAGAGCAGCUGUCCGGUGCGUUCUCGCACCCUUAUAGUCCCAACUGGCAGGACGCCAGCACGCAGCAGGAGUGUGACGAGUUUGAUGCCGUCUUGGGAAGCCCGGAACAACUUGCACAGGCGACUGGAAGCAAGGCCCACCACAGAUUCACAGGACCUCAGAUCUUGCGAUUCACUCGAAAAUACCCCGAAAUUUACGAGAAAACUUCGCGAAUCUCCCUCGUUUCUUCCUUCAUUGCUUCGCUUUUCCUCGGCCACAUCGCGCCCUUUGACAUCUCCGACGUCUGCGGCAUGAAUCUGUGGAACAUCAAGCAGGGCGCCUACGAUGAAAAGAUCCUCAAGCUUUGCUCCGGCAAGUUCGACGUCAAGGGACUGAAGACCCGGCUCGGCUCCCUCUACGAAGACGGGGGCAAGCAUCUGGGCUCCGUGCAUCAAUACUACCGUGAGCGUUACGGCUUCAGCGCCGACUGCACCGUCAUCCCGGCCACGGGCGAUAAUCCAGCAACCAUCCUCGCUCUCCCCCUGCGUCCCUCGGACGCCAUGGUCUCCCUGGGCACAUCCACCACCUUCCUCAUGUCCACCCCCAGCUACAAGCCUGAUCCGGCCACCCACUUCUUCAACCAUCCCACCACGGCUGGCCUCUACAUGUUCAUGCUGUGCUACAAGAACGGCGGACUUGCGCGCGAACACGUCCGCGACGCCAUCAACGACAACCUUCAAGACCCCCACCCCGCUCAACCCUGGACACACUUUGACGAGAAGGCCCUCUCGACCUCCCCGAUGGGCCAGAAAUCCCCCACCGACCUCAUGAAGCUCGGCCUCUUCUUCCCCCGACCCGAAAUCGUCCCCAACCUCCGCGCCGGCCAAUGGCGUUUCACUUAUAACCCAACCAGCGGCGAUCUCACCGAGACCACCUCCGGCUGGACCAGCCCGGCCGACGAAGCUCGUGCCAUCAUCGAGAGCCAAAUGCUCUCUCUCCGUCUCCGUUCUCGCGGUCUCACCCACAGUCCCGGAGACGGUCUGCCGGCCCAGCCGCGCCGCGUCUAUCUUGUCGGCGGCGGCUCCAAGAACAAGGCCAUUGCUAAGAUCGCCGGCGAGAUUCUCGGCGGUGUCGAGGGUGUGUUCAAGCUCGACAUUGGCGACAAUGCGUGCGCACUGGGUGCAGCCUACAAGGCUGUGUGGGGCAUUGAGCGUGCCGAGGGCCAGACCUUUGAAGAUCUCAUCGGACAACGAUGGAAGGAGGAGGAGUUUGUGGAGAAGAUUGCAGAUGGGUAUCAAGAGGGGGUGUUUGAGUUGUAUGGCAAGGCGGUGGAAGGAUUCGAGGCGAUGGAGAAGAGGGUUUUGGAGCAAGUGGCGGCUGAAAAGCGUGGCUAG